AUGUUUCGCGCUGCCAGAGCGGGGCGCACGGUGGCGUUGUCUCUGCCGCAUCGCCGCGCAGCUCUCUUGAACCCACGCCGCGCAUUAGGCCUGCAUCGCACGGUGGGCUCUCUGAAAUCCGCGAAGAGGGAGGAGGUGUCCAGCGCGGCCAACGCUGCGGAGGAUACGGCGUCGCAACCGCUGACCGUCUACCACCCCCAGGCAGAUCUUGGAGCUGUCACCCCCGCGGUGGAUCUGUCCUCGCUCUUCUACGACACGUCGGUCACCGACAUCGCGCUUUCCAAGCGGAAGCUCACGAAAGACGACGACGAUGGAAGCUUUGCAUUCGGCCAGGUCCCACGUGGGUAUUUGAAAAAGGAGCAGAUCCUCAAGUACGUGGACAUGGAUGAGCUGGCGAAGGCGAGCGAGCUGCUGGAGGUACCGGAUGCCUACACCUACCCACUGCAUCAGAUGGAAACCAUCUCCGAGGCGAUCGUGCGCACGAUGCAGUCGCGUAUGCUCAUGUUUAAGUACGCCUCGCUGGACGACUUUUACACAAUGAAGCGGCACAUUGGGACGGACGAGGAUGUGAUGCGCGCGACUCUACCCGGCAACUCCAUCUACUUCCAGUUUGUGCACUCAGGCAGCGCCGCAGACGCCGACGGCCUGGCCGCAUCAUCGACAUUGCCGCGUGAGCACGCGAGACAGCAGGAGGUCAAGGAAGUGCGCGACGCAGUAGAGCGGAUACUGCGGCGCUACGUGUGUCGAAUACUGGAGCCCUUUCCAAACGAGCUCGCCAUUGACGUGACGCACUACGCCACCUAUCUGCCACUGCUUAACGUGAGCCGUCGUAACGUAGGUCAGGUGCUGAAGGAUAUUGAGGACUACAUGGCAAAGAGGCCGGUAGCGAAGGAGGGCAUUGCUGGGCCGCCUUCCAAAAGUGAAAUCGAGCCCCUGACGCCCGAUGAACUCGCGACGGAGAUCGCUCGCAUUAUCCGGCGCGAGGUGCUGACGCGGCGGCCGCAGAGAGACAGCGGAUGCGGUGCACAGGAGCCCGCAACGACGGGCGCACAAGAAGCGCCGAGCUCCACAGAUGCCGCCUCCACGGCGUCGGUCCGCGUCUGCAUUGGUGUGGCCACGAGUCCUGUUUUAGCAAAGAUUGCCUGCGACGCCGAGGUGCUGGCGGUGGUGUCCAAAUUACGUGGCGAGCAGGCCGCGACCGUAACGGCAGGCAAGGGUGGCGUCAAAAGCGGCGUCCCGAUGGUCUCUAUCCGCUCCUUCCACCGCCACAUCCGCUCAAUGAAGGCGUCGCGCGACUUCAUGGCGAGCUUCCCAGUGAGUCGCGUGCCCGUCUUCACCCCCGCGUUUGUCAAUCUGCUGAAGGGCACCUUUGGUAUCGUAGCGUGCAGCGAUUUCUACGAAAAGCGCUACCUCCUGUACUACUGCAUGUCGAGAGGCACGGCGCGUGCGUGCUACAACGCUGCCUUUGGUCGCAUGUACUUUGAGGCAGAGGUGAUCGAGCCUCUCGUGGCACCGGAAAACCUCAGGCACUCCAUCGCACCGCUCGAAUUCAUGGCAAGCAACCGCAUCAGCAUUGUUAAUGAAGAGCGCACCGACUACCAUGUGGCCAUGCGCAGCGUUAUCAUUGGCCAGCUUCGCAAGAAACUCCCCAAUAAUGGUUGCAAGGUCACUCAGGUGCCGUUUGGCCGGCUGUCUACCGAGGACGCGAUCCACCGCACUGCGGAGGCAGCGAUGCGCUCGCUGCACCGUCACCUGUACGCCAAGGGACUCACCUACAAUGGCAUCCGAGUAACGCUGCCGCGUUGCAACCUGGAUUCAGUGAUGGAGCGAUUGGAAGGCGAGACGACUGAGGAGGCCGCCGUCGUGGCACUUCACCGAGUGCUACCAAAGAUUCUGCUGCACCGUCACCGUAUCGACGAAGUCGUCGAUGGGGCGAAGUCUGGGAGGUACCUCACCCUGUGCGUCUUUGGCAUCUCGCUAAUACCCAUGGUGCCGCCCAUAAUGAUAAGCGAAACGGUACGGUUGGAGAAGCUGUACUUCACUGCCAGGCGGUUCUUUCUGCAUCACCAAAAUCGCACGAGGAAGCAGAAGAGAAUGCUGACAACUGGGGGUGCAGACAAGACGAGUAGCCCGGGAAGAAAAAAGCUGGGCACGGUCGACUCAGUGGUGUAUGUGUAG